GAAUAAUCUGUCUCCUUUGGCUCUUUUGCGGAUGCGCUGUAAUUCUUUGGGUUUUUGCAUCACUGGGCAUCUGAAGUUUGCGACGAUGCCUCCGCUCAGCGUUUGGGAUUGGUAGCAUCCUUCUGCCAGAGGGCGACGCAUCAUUCAUCUGUGACUGAACAACGCUGUGUUUCGGAAGUGGACAAAACAUGGACUAAUUUGUUUCUUUGUUAAAAAAAAAUAAAUAAAAAAAUACAGUCAUCAUGGGAUUAAUGCAGCUGUUUGUGCUUCUCGGCAUGUCUUGCUCCGCCUCAGGUUUUGGGGUUGACCCUGCCCUCCGCAUCAACGUGUUCGACGAAGUCAGGCUCGCAGAGGGUUUUGAUGGAGUUACUCAGGUCCAGGGCUUCCACAGCGAGUCCAGAGCCUUCCACUUCCAAGGUUCCUCCAGGGAAGUGAAGGCUUCUGCUGAGGUCUCAGAGCAAAUGAUCCAGAAGCUCAGAGGAAAGAAUGAAUUUACUGUGCUGGUGACUCUUAAACAGGAACACCUGAACUCUGGGGUCAUCCUCUCCAUCCACCAUUCCGAGCACAGGUUCUUGGAACUGGAGAGCAGCGGCCAGCGCAGUGAGGUGCGUCUUCACUAUCGCACCAAAGGCCAGCAGUCCCAUACAGAGGUUUUCCCUUAUAGCCUGGCUGAUGACCAGUGGCACAAGGUCUCUGUCGCCAUCAGUGCCUCUCAUGUCAUCCUGCAUGUGGACUGCAACAGGAUCUAUGAGCGGGUGGUUGAAGCACCCUUCAUGGAUAUACCUGAGGAUGCUGCCUUCUGGCUUGGACAGAGAAAUUCAGCUCAUGGCUUCUUCAAGGGGGUGAUGCAGGACGUGGAAAUCCUGGUGAUGCCACAGGGUUACAUUUCACAGUGUCCAGAUCUAAACAGAACAUGCCCAACCUGCAAUGACUUCCAUGGACUUGUGCAGAAAAUCAUGGAACUGCAGGAUAUCCUUGCUAAAACAUCCAGCAAGCUGUCCAGGGCGGAGGAGAAGAUGAAUGGGCUUGAUGGCUGCUAUUGUGAGAGAACCUGCAACGUCAAGGGGGUCAUCUACAGGGAGGACGAAGGAUGGACAGAUGGCUGCAGGAACUGCACAUGCACGAAUGGCACGGUACAAUGCGAGGCCAUCUCCUGCCCUCCCCCUCAGUGCCCAGCGGGCACAGCACCUGCCUAUGUAAAGGGUGCCUGCUGCAAAGAGUGCCAGCCUGUGUGCCUGUUUGGAGGUAGAGAGCUGGUGGAUGGGACUCAGAAGGCUGUGCGCGACUCCUCUGGCAGGUGUUUGCUGUUUGAAUGCAGGGACCGGACCCUGCAUCGAAUGCCUCACAGCGAGCCGUGUCCUCAACUCAGCUGUCCUGAAUCAGAGCAGAUCACCCUGACGGACAGAUGCUGCAAAGUCUGCAGAGGUCAUGACUUCUGCUCAGAGGGCCACAGCUGUACAGAGCACUCUGACUGUGUGAACCUGGAAGCAGGAGACUGCUGUGUCUGUAAGGAUGGUUUCCGCCCCCUGCGAGACGAUAAUGCCUACUGUGAAGACAUUGACGAGUGUGCAGAAGGGAAGCACUACUGCAGGGAGAACACCAUGUGCGUGAACACCCCUGGUUCCUUCAUGUGCAUCUGCCACACGGGUUACAUCAGGAUCGAUGAUUACUCCUGCACAGAGCACGACGAGUGUCUCAGUGGGCUCCAUAACUGUGAUGAGAACGCGUUGUGUUUCAACAUGGUUGGUGGUCACAGCUGCUCCUGUAAACCGGGUUACACUGGAAAUGGGACAGUGUGCAAAGCUAUGUGUGACGGAUUGUGCCAGAAUGGAGGAACCUGUGUGUCGCCGAACAACUGUGUUUGCCAGCAAGGAUUUACUGGGAGGCGAUGCGAGACAGAUAUUGAUGAGUGUGCAGAUGGCUUUGUUGAGUGUGAUAGUAAAUCCACUUGUGUCAACUUGCCUGGCUGGUAUCACUGUGAGUGUCGUGAUGGCUACCAUGACAACGGCUUGUUCUCUGCCAAUGGAGAAUCAUGUGUAGAUAUUAAUGAAUGCAAGACGGGGAGGCACACCUGUGCCAACGACACUGUUUGCUUCAACCUGGAGGGCAGCUAUGACUGCCGUUGCCCCCACGGUCACAACUGCACAGGCGACUGUAUCCAUGACAACAAGGUCAAGCACAGCGGACAGAUCUGGGUGCUGGACAGCGAUAGGUGUUCUGUGUGCUCCUGCCAGGCCGGGCAGGUGAUGUGCCGCAGGAUGGUGUGCGACUGCGACAACCCCAACGCCGACCUGUUCUGCUGUCCGGAGUGUGACCCUCGGCUGAGCAGCCAGUGCCUGCACCAGAACGGGCUGCUCACCUACGGCAGCGGGGACACGUGGGUGGAGAACUGUCAGCAGUGUCAGUGCUUGCAGGGCCAAGUGGACUGCUGGCCUCUGCCCUGCCCCCCUGUGGACUGUGAAUUCACGGUGGUGCCUGAGGGUGAGUGCUGCGCCCACUGUGUCACUGACCCCUGUCAAGCCGACACCAUCCGCAACGACAUCACCAAGACGUGCACAGACGAGCACAGCAUCUCACGCUUCAGUGGCUCAUCCUGGAUUAAACAUGGCACCGAGUGCACCCUGUGCCAGUGCAAGAAUGGACACAUCUGCUGCUCAGUGGACCCCAUGUGCCUUUAGUUCUGGCAGAUCUGAAGGCACCUGUACAGUGUUCUCCAUGUAAAAAAAGAAAGAAAAGAAAAAGUAAUAAUAAUACCACC